AGAAGACGAGCACGAAGAAGACGGAAGGAGAGGAAUUUGAUACCAGGCCACGACCUGCUGCGGAUGGUUGUUAACAUUAAAAAAUAGCUUACAUAACUUCGAAAAUCGUGAUUUCAUCUCAACAUUGUGUGAUCUACCGAGGGGAAACCAUCGAGGCCAGUCUCUUCAGCAGUGCUUUUGCCGUGGUAUUUUGAGUUUGGCACAUCAUUUCAUCAGUUUCAAACGGAUCAUCAUGGCUGAUGAUUUUGACGUAGAGGCCAUGCUGGAGGCUCCAUACAGAAAGACUUCCCUAAUGAUAUCUCACCUCUACUCCCAUGAAUUCAUCUUUGAUUCCACUGUGAACUGUGAAAAAAAGGAAGGUAGUUAUUGUGCAUAUACUGAUGUACUGUGGUUCACCUUAGGACUAAAAGAGAUUCAACCUAGAACAUCCAAUCCGUAUUCGGUUUCAACAAGGUGAAUGCCAAUGGUUGAUAAGCCCAUCCUUACCUGUCCAGCAAAGGAGGCAGUAUUCAGAUUUACAAUCUGAAUGCCAUCACUGUUUCCAAAUGUGUAGUCUUGUAUUUUCAGAUUUAAACCUCAGUUACUCUCACUCUGUGACUUUUAAGAAAUUCUGAUUUCACCAAACUGCUGUUUAGCAAGACUCGCCAUGUUUUAAAUUGUGUUAAUAAAAUUAUUUCCCAAAACUAGUAAGGUGCACAUUAGAGUUUGACAUCAGUGUGCUUGAAAAUGGAGAUGUUGCGAUUAUGGAGCUUCAUUUUGCAAGCACACAACCAUGUUGUGAUUUUGUGGCAAAAUACAGGUAUAUAAUUAUUUUCCUUUGUGUGUAAAUAUGAAUACUGCCUCUUUGCCAUAGUCAAUUGUAAUGUGAAUAAGCAUCUUGAUUUUGCAUGCUACACAGCACCACAGAUAUUGAUAUAUUGGUAGAAUGACUGAUACUUGUAUCUAGCAUCAUUGUAUUAUAAAGUGAGUUAGUUUUCAGUAGUUAAUGCCUUCUUAAGUCAAAAGGUUGGAAAUACUACAUACAUAUAUACUUAUAUGAAUAUUAUAGAACCUACAGAUAAUGGAAGUGUUAACACGUGGCUGAAUUGAUGGAUUUAUCUUUUUUUUUUUUAACUUAUUCAUUUAUUUUCUUGGGCGUCAAUAUUACUAAGAAGUGUGAAUCCCUGUUUGCUUCAGGGCAAGAUGUGUGACAGAGGUGGCAUCGAGCUCUUACAGUCCAAGAACGAAAAUGGGUGAAGAUCACUGGACUGACACCAACCACACAGGAUCUCUUUUAGUGGUCGUGGGCCAUGCGUGGUCACAUGAUUAGGCACAAAUAGUGGCAGUGGCAUUGGUACGACCUAUUAGAAGGGGAAUGGUGGAGAUGAUCUGACUGUCAAAGCUUCCUGAACUCAGCUAAUAUGUUAGACACUCUCCCUUAACUUUGCUUUGUUGCAUUAUGUACUGAGCAAACUUGUUAAAAACGAGAGAGAGAAACAGCAGUGGGAUGGGAAGCUAUUGGGGUGGAAGGACACUGUCCAGACAUGACAGUAGGAAGUUUGAAGUAUUAUUAUUAAUUGAAUAUAUUCUGCAUUUUCUCUUGUCCCACCCAUCCCCUUUACCUUGACGACAUGAAAUGUUUCAUCUACGUCCUCAUGAUGUUCUUCUAUCAACCUUGCUUAGGAUGAGAUCAAGUCCUCUCAUGCAAACGGACAUGACGACCAGAACAAGAAGAAAAGGAGAAGCCGAAGCAAGAGCCGAAGCCCAGGCUCUAAGAAGAGACGAAGCCGAAGCAAAGACAGAAAGAAGGGUAAGAAGAGGAGCAGGAGCAGAGAAAGAAAACGAAGCCGCAGCAGAGAGCGCCAUCGUAGCCGCUCCCGCAGCAAGGAACGUUCUGGGCGAUACAAAGCGCGCAAGAGCCCCGUCAAGAAGCGUUCCAAAAGUCGGAGCCCCUUCAAGAAAGAGAGGAGCCCCAUCAGGCAACCAAUUGACAAUCUAACACCAGAGGAAAGGGAUGCCCGCACGGUUUUCUGCAUGCAGCUUGCUGCAAGAAUCCGAGCCCGAGACCUGGAAGAUUUCUUCUCAGCUGUUGGAAAAGUAAGAGACGUGAGGAUGAUCUCGGACAGAAACUCCAGGAGAUCAAAGGGCAUUGCAUACAUCGAGUUUGUGGAGGCCUCCUCUGUACCACUGGCAAUUGGAUUGACUGGCCAGAGGCUUUUAGGAGUUCCUAUCAUUGUCCAGGCCUCUCAGGCAGAGAAAAACAGAGCUGCUGCUGCUGCCAAUAAUCUCCAGAAGGGCAGUUCAGGUCCAAUGCGGCUGUAUGUUGGAUCGCUGCACUUCAACAUUACCGAGGAAAUGCUUCGAGGCAUCUUUGAGCCUUUUGGAAAGAUUGAGGGAAUCCAGCUAAUGAUGGACAGUGAGACUGGACGAUCCAAAGGAUAUGGUUUCAUAUCGUUUGCAGAUGCAGAAUGUGCAAAAAAGGCCUUGGAGCAGCUGAAUGGUUUUGAGCUGGCCGGACGUCCAAUGAAGGUGGGGCACGUUACAGAGCGCUCUGACUCGUCAACAGCGAGUUCAUUCCUGGACAAUGAUGAACUAGAGAGGACUGGCAUUGACCUCGGCACCACAGGACGUCUGCAGCUUAUGGCUCGCCUGGCAGAAGGAACUGGUCUGAAGAUUCCUCCUGCUGCUCAGCAGGCCCUGCAGAUGACAGGCUCCCUACCCUUUGGAAACAUCGCUGGUCCAGCAGCUGUUCCAACUCCAGCUCCAAGCCAAGCCCUGAACCUUCCAUCUCAGCCGCUGGCUACACACUGCCUUCAGCUGUCCAACCUCUUUAACCCACAAUCAGAAAAUGAUCCCAGCUGGGCCAUCGAGAUCCAAGAUGAUGUUAUAGAGGAGUGCAACAAACAUGGAGGAAUUGUUCACAUUUACGUUGACAAGAACUCUGCUCAAGGUAACGUGUAUGUUAAGUGUCCCUCAAUACCGGCAGCAAUGGCAACUGUGAAUGCACUUCAUGGACGCUGGUUUGCAGGCAAAAUGAUAACAGCAGCCUAUGUUCCUUUACCAACCUACCACAACCUCUUCCCAGAUUCAGUCACGGCAAAGCAGCUUCUAAUGCCGGCCCGUCGAUAGUCUGAGACAUGCUUAUGAAAGCCAGUGUAAAUACAUUUGUUUGCAUUCAUGGAAAUGUCAGAAACAUUGAAAUUAGUUGGCUGUGUAAUAAAAGUUGCCUCAAGUUCAUGUGUUCACAAUUGAAAAACUAGGCAGGAUUUUUUGAGUUGCUUUUCAAUUUUUUUUUUUUUUUCGUGAGUUUGUGUUGUAAACUACCACUGAUAAGUAAUCUGCAGGUAUCUAUUGGUCUGUGUUUUUAAAUAUUACUGUCUUAUCUGCUUGUUUAAAUCAUUUUUAGAUUUAAAAUAAAUUGCAAAGAGUUACAGAAAUGUUGGGUUAAUAGGCCUUAAAUGCCAAGUAUAUCAAUGUCAACAAUAAUUCUUUGUAACUUUUUACAGCCAUAAUUUCAUUUUUUGUAUGAAGGCUCCCAAUAAAACUUUGGCAGAUUUGACUUUUGGUUAAUACCCCUCCCCCUUUUUUAGAAGUUUGUCAUCCACAGUUCAAUUUAAAAAUGCCUUUGUGAUUAAAGUCUUAAUUACAGCAUUGGA